CCAGAAACUCUUGGAUAAAGCGAACGUCAAGGAUAAAUAGAAUUAAAAAAUAAAAUCGAGGGGAUCGGCGAGGAGCAGGAGCCUGCGGCUGCCCACUGGACUGGAGGAGCACAAGUGUGUGUCGCUAGCGGCGGCUGCGGGUGCGCGUGCAGAAGGGACGAGAGAGAGAGAAGAGGAGCCAACCUCCGCCGCCACGGCUUCCGCGUGCUAGGAAGACGAAGCAGAGCGGCAGCAAAGAGAGGGAGGCCGCGAUGGAGGUGGGCUUCCUGGGGCUGGGCAUCAUGGGCAAGGCAAUGGCGGCCAACCUCCUCCGCCACGGCUUCCGCGUCACCGUCUGGAACCGGACCCUCUCCAAGUGCGACGAGCUCGUCGCGAUGGGUGCCGCCGUCGGGGACACGCCGGCGUCCGUCGUCGCCAAGUGCAAGUACACCAUCGCCAUGCUCUCCGAUCCCAGCGCCGCGCUAUCUGUUGUUUUCGACAAGGAUGGCGUGCUCGAGCAAAUCGGAGAGGGCAAGGGCUACGUGGACAUGUCCACUGUCGAUGCUGCAACUUCUUGCAAGAUAAGCGAGGCGGUUAAACAAAAGGGCGGAGCUUUUGUUGAAGCUCCAGUUUCAGGGAGCAAGAAGCCAGCUGAAGAUGGCCAAUUGGUCAUUCUUGCUGCAGGCGACAAGGCACUAUAUGAUGAUAUGGUCCCUGCAUUUGAUGUACUUGGGAAGAAGUCGUUCUUUCUGGGGGAGAUGGGAAAUGGAGCAAAGAUGAAACUGGUGGUCAACAUGAUCAUGGGAAGUAUGAUGAAUGCUUUUUCUGAGGGACUCUGUUUGGCUGACAAAAGUGGGUUGAGCCCCCAGACGCUUCUUGAUGUCCUGGAUCUCGGUGCAAUCGCAAAUCCGAUGUUCAAGAUGAAAGGGCCUUCAAUGCUGCAGGGCAGCUACAAUCCAGCAUUUCCCCUGAAACAUCAGCAGAAGGAUAUGAGGCUGGCUCUGUCGUUGGGAGAUGAAAAUGCCGUGUCCAUGCCAGUGGCAGCUGCUGCCAAUGAGGCAUUCAAGAAAGCAAGAAGCUUGGGACUUGGUGACCUGGAUUUUUCCGCGGUGCACGAGGUUCUGAAAGGCACUGGUGGUUCAGGCUAAAGCGUGAUUGGGGGCUGAAUGUUUAAAACCACAUGCCAUGGGCAUGCAGAUAUUCUUGUAGUUCGUCCAACCCAUGUGGCUUAUCAUCGUACUAUUGAUAUGUACAUUCAACAGUUGAUGCUGGAUUGUGCUGUACGAUGUUUUUUUUCUAGCAAGGCUUGUGCAUGAACGAACCAUUGGGAUUUGGGACUUGAAUGCCGCCACGCCAGAUGGAAAUAUAAGUGCAAGUUCUGUCUA